AAGUAAAGUAAUAUUAGUUGUUAGUCGAGUGGUAGUCACCAGCCAGUCGGCAGCAGAUGUAACUAGUGUAUGAGACAAAUGAUGCGUUGGCUACUUGUGUUAAUAUUUUUAUCGUUAAUUGUUACUAUUACUGCAGCUUCUGAUGAAAAACUUAUCGACAAUGAGAUACCUGUUGAUCAAGUUGUAACUAAAGAAGGUGAAGAUAAUAAAGAAGUACAUGAUGAAGAAACACGUGAUGAUGGUAACCGAGUUCAAGAGUCAGAUGAAAUAAAUAAUAAUAACAAUAAUAACAACAACAAUAACAACAAUAAAGACCCUCAUAGUCUCGAUGUCGAUGAUCAAGGGGAAGAUGAAGAUGAUGAACGUGAUGCUGUAAUCGUCGAGGCGGAGUGGAAAGAUGCAACUGAUUUGAAAAAUAAUUACGAUGAUUUAAAACAGCUCAAUUUAGAAGAAGCUUAUGAACAUGCGGUUCAAAGUUAUCUUGAUGAUAAUUUCGAUCAAUGUAUUGUUGAAUUUAAUUUUGUUAUACAAAGAUAUAAAGAUUACAAAAAUGCAGUAAUUGAGUGCCGAAAAAAAUGCCGAGAAACCGUAUCAUAUUUCACUCCAAUUUUGUUAGAAAAUAUUGAAGAUUUAAACUUUUAUGAAAAAAAAGUCAGAGAAACACUUUGUCUUUUAAGAUGUAAUCAAGAUUAUCGUGAUGUAGCUGGAGAUCAAGCGCUAAAACGUCUUCCUUCGAAUAUUGAACAAAAAAUAAUCGAUUUAAAACCGUAUGAAUAUCUUCAUAUUUGUUAUUAUCAGAGAAGUCGUUAUCAAGAAGCAGCAAACGCAGUUUUUACAUAUCUAGCUCGUCACCCAAAUCACAAAAUGAGUGUAAAUAAUCUUCGUUACUAUUUGUCACUCGCUGAAGUAAAAGAAACAGAAAUUUCAAAUCUCGAAGCUCCUGAAUUUAUUCAAUACUACGUUAACGGAGUAAAAGCUUACGAAGAAGAAUAUUAUGAAGAAGCUAUUGAAAGUUUUGAAAAAUCAUUAAGAGCUUAUUUGAAAGCUGAAGAAAAUUGUAGAAUUUAUUGUGAAGGUCCAUUUGAUCAAGGAUGGCAUCCAGAAUUUACUUCAUCAAUCGCCAAUCACUUUACAUUUUGUUUGAAAUGUAAACGUAGCUGUUCCAGAUAUUUAAACAAUAUAAACGGAGAUUAUCAAAAAGAUUUACUAGCAAGUCACUAUAACUACUUGCAAUUUGCUUAUUACAAAAUGGGCGAUAUAAAAAAAACAUGUCAAGCUGUCGAAAGUUACCUAUUAUUCUUGCCUGCUGAUGAAACAAUGGUUGAUAAUAAAGAAUAUUAUAGAAAUUUACCUAAAGUCCAAGAAAGUUAUUUUGUGCCACGUUCAGAAAUUUUGCAGUAUGUAAAACGUCAAGAGUACGAAUUAAGAAUUCUUCAAUUUAUUUCUCAAGAAUUUUCUGCUAUUGAUAUUAAAUUCGAUAAUGAUAAGAAAGUAUCAGAUAAAAAAAAUAAUCAAGAGGAUGUGGAGAAGAUCAUGGAUCAUCCACCUCCAGGGCAUUCACCUGCAGUACAAGCGCUAAUUAACAAUCAGUCAUUAAUGUACGAGCGAGAGGAAACUGUAAGGCGGGAAUCACAAAUUUUAGAAUCACUAAAAAAUAUUAGAGUUAUUUUAAAUGAAAAAGAACUUAACGGUACACUUCGUUAUUUAGCUGAUGGAUUUAUAACAAAACCUCAGUGUAAUUCACUUAUCAAAUUAGCUCAGAUGGCUGCAGUCGUGGGUGACGGAUAUGAAAAUAAUAAAAGUCCUCAUUCAAAAUAUGAACUUUUUGAAGGCUUAACUGUUGGAAGAACUGCUUUGAUGGUGUAUUUUGGUCUAUUGACUCCAGAUUACUUGGAACUUUUUUUAAAGACAUCUGAAAAAGCUCGUGCACACGUGGAAAAAUAUUUCAAUCUCAACCAACACCUGUAUUUUACAUACACUCAUUUGGUCUGCCGUUCAGCUCUUCCUGGUUCUCCAAUGAAUCAGCAAAUCUUCAGUCACGAUGUCCAUGCGGACAAUUGCCUGGCGAUUAAAGAAGGCGUAUGUUUACAUGAAAGUCCUGCAUUUACAUGGCGAGAUUACUCAGCAAUAAUUUACUUAAAUGAUGAUUUCAAAGGCGGAGAAUUUAUUUUUGCCGGAGACCCUAAAGCCAGAAAUAUUCAGAGCAUCGUUGAACCACACUGCGGACGAAUGGUCGCAUUUUCUGGUGAUGAAAAAAAUUUACACGGUGUCAAAGGUGUUCAUAAAGGUCAGAGAUGUGCACUUGCACUUUGGUUCACUUUAGAUAGCAGGUACAAUGAACUAGAGAGAAAAUUGGCCUGGAUUAUAUUAGACAGGGUUAAAUUAAAAGGUCCUGUUGAUAUUAAGAAUAUAAGUAUUCCUCUUAAUUAUGACAAAUUACUGAGAAAACGAUUUAAAGAUGAUGAAAUGUUGAAACUUUUAUUACAAUUAUCUAAAUAGGAAAUCAAUGUUCUUUAUAUUGCAGUAUUUUUUUGGUUGUUGAUUGUUGUAACUUUUUUUUUUUAUUUAAGGCCAGUAUAUAUCUAUAAAGAGAAUUUUUUUAUUCCUUAAAAGUGACUGCUACCUUUUACGUCAUAAUUAAUAUCUACAUUAGAUUGUCAUUUUGCGGCAAUAUUUUCUCAUGCUCACUGUUUGAAAUCUUUUAGUAUACACUAAAAAACACUUCCUUUAAAUAUAGUCCUUAUUAGUUAGAAUUUCAAAAGGUCACUAAUUAUUGCUCAUUACGGCAGUCGAUCUAUGGCCUCUGAUUUCCAUGUUUACGACCAGUUUUUGCCUACGACUCGUACGGACUCGCUCGUGAAUGUGAAUACCGUAGAAUUCUAGCCAUUGGUCCUCGUCAGACCCCGCACAUUCACUAGUGGUCACUAAUAAUUUUAUGACUUGCCAUUCAAAAUACAAAAAAAUAUUCUUUCUUUUUUGUUAUAUUUUGGGUCUAAUUAACUUGAUCAUACAUAGGCUAUAUAACUUCUAGCAUAUUGAAGGUACUCUUUCAAAACCUCGUAUCUCAAAUAACAUACGAGAUUGCUUUAGAGUACCCUCGAUAUAUCAAAGGUAUUCUGAUGCAAUCUACAUCGCAGAAAACAUGAGAUUUUGACAGAAUGCUCUAGAUGUUUCAUUACAAUAUAAUUUAAAAAUGCAUUAAUAGUAUAUUACACUGUAAAAAAUUCAGAGUGUUUACACAUUUUAUUAAAAUCCGAAUUUACUCCGUCACUCGAAGUUCCGGAGUUUUAAAAAAAAUCACUUCGCAUACGAAGUAAAUAAGGAGUUUGAUUUUUCAGCGAAGUAAUUUUGGAGUGAUCUAGAUUUUAUUUAAAUCCACAUUUGCUCCGAUUCAGAGUUUUAAUAUUAAAAUAAUCUGUCUUUAAGAGUUAAAUUUACUCCGAGGGGAUUAAAUAAAUAAAGUCAUCGUUUCACAUUCAGUCUGAAUUUAAUCCGCGUUCACUCCGCAAAUUUUUUACAGUGUAAAUGUCAAAAAAGAAAAAAAAAGGACAUUCCAACCCGCGUGUGUAAUUGUUUACCUGAGCCAAAGGCAAAGAUUUCGAACGAGUAUUAAAAAUAAUGCUGCUGUAAAAUAAUUGCCUCAUAUUUAUAAUUUUAAUUUAUAUUCAGGUCAUAAAUUUCUACUACGGAAAACAAAUAUGAUUUUUUU